AUGGACCACCGGGCUGCCACCCAAAAUGGGGCCACCCUCUGCAAAUCCCCUUCCCCUCGCAAGAAACCCCAGAACAUCCCCAAUAACACCCAGGCCCUUUCGGGGAACAGUCUCAGAUGUCAGGGCGGUCUGCUCACUCACACAGGGUCCCCCAUUCUCCCCUCCAGGUUCAUAAACGUGAGAUAUUGGAGAGUACUGGUCGGUGCCACGGAUCUCUCGAAACCAGGCCCCGAUGCCCAGGUGUUCACCAUCAAGAUGCUGGCGGAUCAUGAACAAUACAGCCCCAUUGGCCAACUCAACGACAUUGCUGUGAUUGAACUGAACCAAUCUGUUGCCUGCAAUGACUACGUCCAGCUUGCCUGCCUGCCGGAUGGCAGCGUGAACAUGCCCGCCCUGAGCCAUUGCUACUUCAGCGGCUGGAGCACAACAGACACAAAGAGAUAUGUCAAGAAGCCAGAAAUCCUGCAGGAGGUCAAAGUGAACCUCUUGGAAGUUGGGGCUUGCAACAGCAGCCGGUGGGUUAACAAACGCAUCCAGGACUACAACGUGUGUGUCAUGGCUGAGAAAGGAGGCAAGGAGAACUGCCAGGGGGAUGGUGGUGCCCCCCUCAUGUGCAGGGAGGGCCGGUCGGAACGCUUCUGGAUCACUGGAAUCGACAGCUGGGGCAGCGGCUGCACCAGAGAGAGGAUGACCGAGGUCUUCGUCUCCACAAGACACUUCUCCGCUUGGAUCCAGAGAAGAAUCAAGGAGAUGCUGCAGCCACAGCCACAGCGCAAGCCCGUGGUUCUGCAGCGCCCGAACUGGACCCGCCCUUCGGCCAGGCCGACCCCCACCCCUGUGAAAAGACCUGUCACCUGGUACAGACCCAGGCCGAGUUACAGCUGGGUGCACCCGAACUACGUGCCCAUGCCCCCGCCCCCGCCAAAGUGGAAGCUGCCAAUUGGGCGACCAAAAGGGUCCUCUGGCAGUUGGGAUUAG